UAUAUAAUUAUCAGAGAAGAUACAAUGUUUUUUGUUUACGAACGUACUUGGCAUGCAGAGUAAAUGAAGGCUGUUUGUUGACGAUGCCACACGCGCCCCGAAUAUUGGAAUCGUCAGGGGCUCACAACAGUUAAUAGUAAUUACAGCAGAUAUGACCGCUUCAGGAAUAGACAGAACAGUGAGCGACGGAGUGACAAGUAUUGGAUACAAUGUUGUAUACGGAGACGAUGAUCUGUUUGUUAUAAAUCAGGUCAUAAGUGACUCGGAAAAGUCAGAUAUAUUGAGGAAAAAAACUGAUUUAAACCAAUCUAUUGCACCGUUACCAGCUGAAGAUGUUAAGUGCUUGAUGUCUGUGGACCGUUACUGUUCUAAAACUAUGUUGGAAAUAAAAAGCGUUCUCAUCCAAGCCUUAAAAGAUGAUUGUGCGAAGUGUUCUGUGAAACAGAAAGAAAGCGCAGGGAAAAUUGUUGCAUCUAUGAUGGCUCAUGAUCCUGUUGCGUGGAAGCUCUUCCUCACCAGGUCAGCUCUACAAAUUUUACCUGAAAAGAAACCACUUAAAAAAGAAAGGUCAAAAUUUAAAAUAAAGGGAGAUCCUGAAUUAAUUGAAAAUGCAAGAAAUAGAUACACAAUGCCCGGUGUGAAAGUGAGAGUGAAGAGAUACGCCAUGGAGAAAAUAAAUUAAAACGCACAUU